CUCUGCUGAGCAGCAACUGGUCCGCCGUCCUCCCCGGUGCUGCUGCUGCUGCUGCUGCUGCUGCUGCAACACGGACCACCGAGCCAGGCAGACCCGCAGCGCCCCGCAGCGCCCCGCAGCGCACAGCCCCGCUGGAAUUACGCGGCUUUUUACGCGUUUCUGCAGGUUUUUGGAUCCGCGGAGAGAGAAGCGCUUCUUCUCCAAUGGCCAGUCCGGCUGCAGACAUAGGACAGUGCCAUCAGCAGCAUCACCCCGAGACAGACUCCGCGGUGCAGGAGGCGCAGACAUGGAUCGAGGCGGUGACCGGACGGUGCUUCGGUGACAGGGACUUCCGGGCAGGACUGGAGAACGGGAUUCUGCUGUGCGAGCUGCUGAGCUCCAUCAGACCCGGGCUGGUGAAGAAGAUCAACCGGCUGCCCACACCGGUCGCUGCUGUGGAUAACCUGGCUGUGUUCCUGCGGGGCUGUGAGGACCUGGGACUGAAGGGCUCUCAGCUGUUUGACCCUGGAGACCUGCAGGACUCGUCCAGCCGCCCGGCCUCCAGGGGAAGCGACUGCAGUCGGAAGCUGAGGAAUGUUUUAAUCACCAUCUACUGGCUGGGUCGCGCCACCAACAGCUGCACGGCGUACAGCGGGCCCACGCUGGACCUGAAGGAGUUCGACGGCCUGCUGUCACAGAUGCGAAAGGAGGCGGAGGAGGCAGAGAGCCCUCAACGCAGCAUCCGGGACAGCGGCUACAUCGACUGCUGGGACUCCGAGCGCAGCGACUCGCUCUCCCCGCCGCGCCACGGCCGCGAGGAUUCAUUCGACAGCCUGGACUCCUUCGGCUCGCGCUCCCGACAGACCCCUUCGCCGGACGUCCUGGUCGCCCGCGGCAGCAGCGAUGGCCGCGGCAGCGACUCGGAGUCCGAUGGGCCGCCGCACCGCAAGAUGCCCGACAUCCGGAAGGACGACAUGCUGGCGCGGCGGACGUCCGUCACCGAGCUGCGGACCGCCAUGCCCUUCAACCAGUACCUGCCCAACAAGAGCAACCAGAGCGGAUACGUGCCGACGCCGCUCCGCAAGAAGAGGGCCGACAAGGAGGACGGCGGCCGCAAGAGCUGGAGCACCGCCACCUCGCCUGUAGGGGGAGACAGACCGUUCAGUCCAAACCAGGUCUGUAGCUUAGACGUCACCCCUGCAGAGUCCCCCAGCCCGUCCCCCACCCCACCCUGUCCACCCCACAUGCAGAUUCAGAAGGAGGACGAAGCGGCGGGACAGCGGCCUUCAUCCACGCCCAGCACUGAGCUCCAUGUGGGUGUGAGGAGGAGCAGUGAGCCUCCGCCCUUUAACCCCCCCCAGCCUCACGCUGAGCCCCCCAGGGAGACUGUCGCUCCGCUGACCGCCGCCUCUGAGCACAGCACUCCGUCCCGCUCCUGCUCAGAGGAGCUCUUCCACCACUCGCUGAAGGUGGCCGCGGCCUCCGCCCACGCCGCCGCAGAGGACGCCGCUCUGAGGAAAGACUCCACGGACGCAGCGGAGGGAGAUGACAAACGGCCACAGCACGCCACCAGCCCCAGCCCCUCGGACUUCCUUCCUCUCCCCGCCGCCGUGGAAACGAGCGACAGCGGCCGGCGGAAAGAGCGAGCUCUGAGUGAACGAGACGAGCGGCGAGACGGGACGGCGUGGGCCGACUGCAGCCUCCCGGCAAAGAGUGUGAGUAUGAUCGACAUGCGUGGCGAGGAGGAGGGCGUCCUGCAGCCGCACAGCCAGGUCCGUCACGAGCUGAUGCACAACCAGUACAACCGGCUGAAGGAGGAGGAGGACCACUGGCAGGACGAUCUGGCCCGGUGGAAGAACCGGCGGAGGAGCAUCUCCCAGGACCUGAUCAAGAAGGAGGAGGAGAGGAAGAUGAUGGAGCAGCUGAUGUCCGGAGGAAGCUGCGUCUCUCAGAGGAGGAGAAGCAUCAAGACGUACCGGGAGAUCGUGGAGGACAAAGAGCGGCGUGAGGAGGAGCUGCGCCUGGCGUACCGCCGCGCCCGGACGCCGGAGGAGGCGUCGGCCAUCCUGCAGCGCUACGCCCAGCGCUUCUCCAUCAGCGAGGCGGUGCUGGAGCGCCUGCAGCUGCCCAAGCUGCUGGACCGCAGCGUCUCGGCCGACCCCGCCUUCCCCUGCGCCCUCCCGCUGUCCGUGUCCCUGUCGGCCUCGCCCACCACCCCGGACCCCUUCGACUGCGACCCCGACGGGCCCCUCAGGUACCUGCGCCAGCAGUCCGCCCCGGCCCCCAAGUUCACGUCCACGCUGGAGGCUCGGGUGGAGGAGUUUCCCAAAGACUCGGCGCCGCACCACCGGCCUCAGAUCCGCUCCCGGUCGUCCGAGCCGCCGGCGACCAGAGCCCUCUCGCCCAAAGCCGUGCCUUUGCUGACGCCCAAGCCUUACCUGUCCCGACCCUCGGCCGCCGAGACGUGGAGCAGCAAGGCCGACGGUCUGCUCAGAGUUAACGGAGACGCCGGAGGCGACGACCUUCCCGCUUCGCCCGAGAGCCGAGAAACGGAGUCGGCUCCCAGAUUCCAGGCGUCCCCGUCCCCAAGCACAGGCGGCUCGGCCGAGGCCUCGGUCCCGGUCCCGGCCCCCUCCCCCUCCCCCUCCCCCGCCGGACGGGAGAGUCCGGUGUCGACGACGGCUGAGGAGAACCAGAGAGGGACGAGUGCAGCUCCAGAGGAUUCAGCAGCACCAGCCAGGCCCACCUCGCUGCCCGCGGAGCUGCAGACGCCGGAGCAGAGCUUCGGUCAGGCCGGAGGUCGCUCAUCAGAGGAGGGCAAACCGAACGCCGAGGCGUCUGCAGAGGCGAGGCCGGGAGAAACACGGAGCGACGCGCCGAGGGAAAACGUCCAGGCCGGAGUCGAGGCACAGCAGCUUCAGGAGCGAGCCUCCCGUCCAGAAGACAGCUCACACACAGCGGCGAUGCCUCCACUCUCUUCUCUGGGACUUCAUCCAAACACAGAGUUGGAGCAGAGCGGCAGGUCUCCGCUGGCAGCCUCCAGCCCUCAGCUACGCCUGGAGUUCUUCGCUCCGUCAGAAAACCCUGACAAGGACCGCCGAGGAAAUGUGUCAGUCCCGGUGUUGCCCCAGGCCAGGCGGGCUGACCGCUGGUCUUGGGACCCGGAUGAGGAGCGAAAGCGUCAGGAAAGGUGGCAGCAGGAGCAAGAGCGCAUGCUGCAGGAGAAGUACGAGCGCGAGCAGGAGAAGCUGAGGGAGGAGUGGGAGAAGGCCCAGAGGGAGGUGGCAGAGGAGGAGAGGAAGUACCACGAGGAGGAGCGCCGGAUCCUGGAGGCCACCGUGACCCCGCUGACCCCCCGCUCCUCCGCCCUGCCCUCCCCCAGCCGGACCCAGCUCUCCUCCGCCUCCGAGCCCCGGGACGCCAUCGUCCGCUCGCUGGCCGACUGGGAACGCAAGCAGGAGCUGCUGGAGAGGCAGACGAAGGAGAGCGGCGAGAACGUGGAGUGCAGACGGAGGGAGAACGACAGGACCAGCGAUAUCAGCACGGCUGACGACAGCAUGAAAACCGGCAGGAGCCUGAUGAGUAUGAGCAGCAGUCAGGCGGAGACGGCCGCCCACAGCUUACAGAACGGCCAGAAGCCUCCUCCAGCCAGCGGCAAGGCCUCCACUCCCGUCAAGAAGCCGCAGGAAGCGUCGGACAGCGGCCGGUCCGGCCGGCCCGCCGGAGAGCGAAGGAGCGGCUCCUCUGACAGUAAGGGCCGCGGCCCCUGCCGGCCCCCCGCCGCAGCCUCAGAGCCUCCAGCGCCCAACAGGUCGGUCAGCGGGAAGAAGCUGUGCUCCAGCUGCGGCCAGCCUUUAGGGAAGGGGGCCGCCAUGAUCAUCGAGACCCUCAGCCUCUACUUCCACAUCCACUGCUUCAAGUGCGGCGUCUGUAAGGGCCAGCUCGGGGACACCACCACCGGGACGGACGUCCGGAUCAGGAACGGCCUCCUCAACUGCCACCAGUGCUACAUCCGCUCCCGCUCGGCCGGACAGCCCACCACGUUGUGACGCUGGACUGAGAGAGAAAGGCUCGGCGGAAGAAGCUCCAUCGCUGUUUCAACCCCGUGUUCUGUAAAUCCCGUCCUCCAGCGCGCCGGGAUCUUCACGUCCUGCGUCAGAGACUCCUCGGCCGGCAGACAGUCCAGCAGCUCCUCUGGAGCGUGACAGAAAUGUGGAUUUGAUUGGUUCUCAUCCUGCUGGGGGGGGGCUUCACACACUCCUGAUGGAUCCAUGAACACUGUUAUUAAAACCUGCUAGAUUCUCUUUUCCUCCAGUCUGGCUUCACAUGAUGGAAAUGUAGAAAAUCACAUCACUUUUUUUAAUCAACAGAGGAAAGUUGUAAUUAUUUGAAAGGAGAAAAAGUGAACAUAAUGCUGAAUUAGUAUUUCAGGAGCUGGGAUAUUGGCUGGAAGUUAUAUGAAUAUGAAUUUUAUGCUCCUUCAACCUGGAGUAACACCAAACACGGACAUGCAAUGAGUUAAAAAAGUGCAAUAUGGGCAGGAGUUGCAUCUUGAAGAGCAGUUCUUCUCCCUCGGCUCUCUUCAGCAUCAAAAGGAUCUUCUCAUGUGGAGUUUGAGUUGGCUUUAAGGCAAUAAGAGGGCUUGUGGGCAGCAGGGCGCUCCCGUCGGGUCUGUGGAGACUUUAACGUGCCUUAGGAAGGAAGACGAAUGCAGGAAGCUACACGCCAGCUGUGUGCUGUUUCAUUUGACCUUUGUGUUUCAUACGUUUUCUUUGGGGUGCAUGAUGGAGGGACUGGGCCGAACUGAAACUCCGGAGCUGCGCUCUCCUUCCCAUCCUGCUUUUAUCUCUUUCCUCUCUGACUGGUGGUGAAAGCUGAGGCCACAGUAGAAAGCAGGGGACUGUAUGAUUCCUUCAGACGGGAAAACCAUUGAUUUUAUUUUGAAUGUUGUUUUAUUCUAGAGAGAUUUAGGCUUCUGUAUGAUAUGAAAUGAGGUAAUUUUGAUAAUUGCUCAGUAAUAGAGUUCAUUUAUCCAUUAAAGUAUAUGUAAAGAAUACAGGACAUGUAACAUGUAGACAAACAGCAGACAUGAACACAAACCAGCAGCAGUGCAAUAUCUGGAAGAAAACUAAAGACGAACCCGUGCGGCUCCUUUCAGCGCUCCUGCUUGUUUUUUAUUAUUUUAAACUGAGAGGAGCUCCGUUCUCUUGUGGAUGUGAAAAGAAUAAGAUGCACGUUUAAGCCUAAAACCAAAUGAUUUGCUGGAUGAAGGCAAACUAGCAGCCUGAUCCUCCUCUUCCUCUACCUGAACUCCUCUUCCUCCUCUUCCUCCUCUCCAGCUGAGCUUCUCCUCUUCAUCUCUCUGAUCUUCAGUAUUUUAAAGCUUCUGUUUCUUUGUGUAUUUAGUUUUUAGUUGAAUAAAUCUCAGCUGAGUCGCUUCUCGAUCUCUGAAUGGAAACUUUAACGUCUGUUCUGUAUUUAUUGUAAUAUUCACCUCAACACUAUCCCAGUUAUAGAUGAAUUCCAUGUUUAAAUGCAACUGCAUUUAUAGCAUACUGUAUGUUUAUAAAUAAAAUGUUAUUA